AGAAAGUAAAAUUCAAGUCAGGACAGAGGGGAUGAUUGCGUCACACUAUUAUUUAUUGAUGAGCUCAAAUCCUAGCUAGCUUGCUAGACUACAGCACCUUGCAACCCAAGUUUCCAAAAUUGUCCCUCCCUGUCCAUGCCAGGGCCACACGAGAAAUCGACGUGUGAAGAAGAUUAGCGAGCCUGGGUUAAUAAACCAAGCUCAGGCUCAAGUUCACUUCCCGUUUAACCCAACAAGCACAAUGUCACCGUCCACUCGUACAACUGUCGCUUCCACCGUUCUUUUUCUCUCGUUUCUGCUGCUUCUCCGCUGUGCCGAACCCAGCCUCACCUACCGCUACCAAUUCUGCGGCGGCGACGCCGCCAACACCACAAACGAGUUCUCCCCAAACAGCACCUUCCAAUCCGAUCUCAAUCUCCUCCUUUCUUUGCUUUCUUCCCCCAACUCCACCCGCAACGGCAACACGCCUUUCCGAAACCUCACCGCCGGCGGCAGCCUCAACAGCUCCGCUUCAGCUUCCGCUUCCGCUUCCGCCGCUGUCUACGGCAUCUACCUCUGCCGCGGCGACGUCGCCGCAGACGUCUGCCAAGAGUGCGUGGCCGCUGCGCGCACAGAGAUCGUCCGGCGCUGCAAAAGGGUAAGAAGCGCCAUAAUCUGGUACGACGAGUGCAUGUUGCGUUACUCCAACGAAUCGUUCUUCUCCGUCAUGGACGAAGACCCUAGAAUCCCUUUACCCGACGGAGAGAGCGUAUCGGACCCGGUUCCGUUUUCUCCGGUACUGGCAGCAGCCAUGGACGAUGUAGUGACGCGUGCGGCGAAGGACGUAUCUCCUCCGGAGAAGUUUGCAACGAAAGAGGCGGCCUUCUCGAGGACUCAGACGGUGUACGCGCUGGCGCAGUGUACGCCGAACCUGCCGUGGACCGACUGCAAUCGAUGUUUGCGAACGGCCGUCGCGUUGCUCCCCGCUUGCUGCACCGGUAAGGUAGGGGCAAGGGUUCUGAUGCCCUGUUGUAAUGUGAGGUACCAGGUUUACCCUUUUUAUAACGGGAGCGUGGAUGCAUCGAGUGGGAAUGGGAAUGGGAAUGGGAAGGGCUCUGCUCUUCCAGCACCAAUAGUCCCUCGUCUUCCUCCCCAGGCUGUGGUUCCAAGCCCUACAGAAAAAAAUAACUCUUCAACUAGAACAGUUAUAGGCAUUGCUACUCCAAUUGGUGUUUGCGUGGUGCUCUUCUCUUUGUGCUAUUGGAUUUGGAUGAAGAAAGCAAAAAAGAAAGGCAAUCUUGUAAGGGAAGAACAUGUUCAAAUCGAAUUUCCUGUUGUGGAGUCUCUACAAUUCGAUUUGGAUACAAUUAAGGUCGCUACAAACAACUUCUCUAAUGAUAAUAAGAUUGGUGAAGGUGGAUUUGGUGUGGUCUACAAGGGUAGGUUUUAUAAUGGGCAAGAUAUUGCUGUGAAGAGAUUAUCAAGAGGUUCCAGGCAAGGUGUAGAAGAGUUCAAGAAUGAGGUUGUAGUGGUCGCCAAGCUACAACAUAGAAAUCUAGUAAGGCUUCUCGGGUUUUGCUUGGAAAAGGAAGAAAAGAUGCUUGUCUAUGAAUUUUUGCCGAACAAAAGCCUCGACUACUUUCUAUUUGAUGUUGAAAAGCAAAGACAGUUGGAUUGGCCAACGCGUUACAAGAUUAUCCGAGGAAUUGCUCGAGGAAUUCUUUAUCUUCAUGAAGAUUCUCGGCUUAUGAUUAUACACCGAGAUCUCAAAGCUAGCAAUGUAUUGUUAGAUGGAGAUAUGAACCCAAAGAUUUCAGAUUUUGGUAUGGCAAAGAUUUUCGGUAUGGACCAAACUCAUGGAAGUACAAAUAGAAUAGUUGGAACAUAUGGUUACAUGCCUCCGGAGUAUGCAAUGUAUGGGCAUUUCUCUGUGAAGUCCGAUGUAUAUAGUUUUGGUGUCUUGAUUUUAGAGACUCUGAGCGGCAAACGGAGCAGCUCCUUCCAUCAGUCAUCAGACAGUGCCGACAACCUUUUAAGCACUACAUGGAAAUUGUGGAAGGAUGGGGCACCCUUGGAGUUGAUGGAUCCCAGUCUGAGUGAUUUUUAUUCGAGAAAUGAAGUCCUUAGAUGCAUUCAGAUUGGUUUGCUAUGUGUUCAGGACGAUAUGACUGCUAGACCCACCAUUGCAUCAGUGGUCCUUAUGCUUAAUAGCUUAUCUGUUACUCUGCCAUUGCCGCAGCAGCCUGCUUCCAUUGUUCUUAGUAGAUCAGAAAUGGAGUUUUCCGUUACAAAGGAGAGAGAAUCAGAACAAUCUACGAGCAAGUCUAUGUCAUGGUGUGCAAACAAUGCUUCGAUUACAGAUCUCUCUCCUCGUUAAUUAGUACGAGAACAAGAGUAUCUUUAAAGCAGGUGUAUGCUAGUAAAAUGAUGAACACUGAAGUUAUGAGCAAGGAGGCUCCUUGACGGGAUCGAAGUAUAGCAGAAAGGAAAACAUGAAUGUUAUACCAGCGAGAGAAAUUUAAAGUAAGGUGGGAGAAGGCAGUAACUAGUAAGUAUGCUACCAGAGUAUUUAAUACAAUUAACAUAAACUAAUUUGUAGGUGAGCUCUAAAAAUGGAAAAAAUAAAAACAGAGUUUUGAUUCUUCUUCCCCCCCCCCCCCCACCCCUUUUUUUUCGGGUGAAAUCAUGGUAUUAGUAUAUUUUAAUAUUACUAACUUAUAAAUAAAGUAAAUGUAUCUCAAGAAACAGCAUGUAGCUUAGAAUAAGAAAUAUAUCUGCACUUAGUUGAGCCA